CCCACAUCUUCUCUUAACAGCAGUAACAAUGCAGACCUAAGCAGCACAGCCCGUUGAACGAGAGAGAGCAAGAGAGAGAGAGAGACAGAAAGAGAGAGAGAGAGAGAGAGAAAGUGCGUGCCUUUCGAGCAAGAUGGGGUUCGGCCAGGACCUGCGCAACUCCCACGAGGGUCUGGUGAAGCUGCAGGACUGGGAGCUGAAGCUGCUGGAGACGGUGAAGCGCUUCAUGACCCUGCGGGUGAAGAGCGAUAAGGAAUAUGCAUCUCUCCUGCUCAACAUCAGUCAGCAGGUGGACAAGCAUGACAACUCCUCUCAGAUUAACUAUGUCAGUACGGUCUCCAAGUCGUGGACUCACAUGGUUCAGCAGACGGAGCAGUUGAGCAAGAUUAUGAAGUGCCACGCUGAGGAGCUCAACUCAGGACCUCUCCACCGACUCACAAUGAUGAUCAAAGACAAGCAGCAGGUGAAGAAGAGUUACCAGAGCCUCCACCAGCAGAUCGAGUCGGAGAUGCACAAGGUAACUAAAAACGAUCUUGAGAAGUUGAAAUGCACCUACAGGCAGUUAACUAAGGACGCUGUUUUAGCAAGAGACAAAUACAAGGAGGCUGUUGUAAAAGGCAAGGAGACUGAGAAAGCUCGUGAGCGUUACGACAAAGCCACCAUGAAACUGCAUAACCUGCACAACCAGUAUGUGCUAGCGGUGAAAAGCGCACAGCUGCAUCAGGAGCACUAUCACGAGACUGCACUGCCUCUGCUGCUGGACUCCCUGCAGAAGAUGCAGGAGGAGAUGAUCAAUGCACUUAAGGGUAUUCUGGAGGAGUACAGUGAAAUCACCAGCCUGUUAACAGAUGAAAUAGUAAAGGUCCACAAAGAAAUACACACUUCCAUCGACCAAAUCGAUCCACUGUCAGAGUAUGACAACUUCAUCGAAGUUUAUAAAUCACCAGAAGCCAAAGAACCAAAUGUAGAAUUUGAUGCAACGCUAUUAGAAGAAACCGAGAAUCUUCAAGCAAAUGAGAUUCUGUGGAAUAACUUGACAGCAGACAGUUUACAAGCAAUGCUGAAGUCCAGCUCAGAGGAGCUGCUCCUAACCCAGCAGAGUCUACGCAGCAAAGAGGAGCUCAUGCUGGACCUGGAGAACAAAAUCGAGGAAUCUACCAAAACCUAUGAGAAGAAAUCCGACGUGGUGUUGUUACUCAGUCAGAAGCAGUCUCUGGAGGAGUUGAGACAGACGGUCCAGCUGCUGCGCUGUUCGGAGGCCAAACUGAUGGCACAGAGAGAACUACUAGAACAGAAGAUGCAAGAGAACGAGGGCAAAGAACCUCCGCCUGUCGUCAAUUAUGAAGAGGAUGCCCGCUCAGUCAACUCAAUGGACAAAAGCAAAGACAAGGUAUCGAAAUUCGACACCCUCAGACACUCCAUCGCUGGAAUCAUCCGCUCGCCCAAGUCUGUGCUUGGCUCUUCAUCAUUUUUUGAUGUGAUACCCACCAGUGAGAAACCGCUGGGCGAGCAAGAGUGGUAUCACGGGGCCAUUCCCAGGACAGAGGCCCAGGAGCUGCUGAAACAGCAGGGAGACUUCCUGGUGCGCGAGAGCCACGGCAAACCUGGAGAAUAUGUGCUGUCUGUGUUCUCAGAUGCCCAGCGCAGACAUUUCAUCAUUCAGUUUGCUGAUAACCAGUACAGAUUUGAAGGCACUGGCUUCCCCACCAUCCCACAGCUCAUAGAGCAUCAUUACACAACUAAGCAAGUCAUCACCAAGAAAUCUGGGGUCGUGCUCCUGAACCCUGUCAUAAAGGAUAAGAAAUGGAUUCUCAAUCACGAGGAUGUCAUUCUCGGAGAACUCCUCGGGAAAGGAAAUUUUGGCGAGGUUUUCAGAGGAACGCUGCGAGAUAAAACUCCGGUGGCUGUGAAAACUUGUAAGGAAGAUCUCCCACAAGACCUCAAGAUAAAGUUCCUCUCAGAAGCCAGGAUCCUGAAGCAGUAUGAUCACCCCAACAUUGUGAAGUUAAUAGGCGUCUGUACCCAACGGCAGCCCAUUUACAUAGUAAUGGAGCUCGUACCAGGAGGGGACUUUCUAACCUUUCUGCGCACCGAGGGCCACAACCUGAAGACCAAGAUGUUGAUCAAGAUGGCGGACAACGUGGCGUCUGGCAUGGCGUACCUAGAAAGCAAGAAGUGCAUUCAUCGAGAUCUGGCUGCCCGUAACUGUCUCGUGGGUGAGGAGAGCGUGGUGAAGAUCAGUGAUUUCGGUAUGUCUCGUCAGGAGCAGGACGGGGUGUAUUCUGCUACAGGAGGAAUGAAGCAGAUCCCAGUUAAAUGGACCGCACCAGAGGCCCUCAAUUAUGGGCGAUACACCACCGAGAGCGACGUGUGGAGCUUCGGAGUGCUGCUGUGGGAGACCUUCUCCAGAGGAGUCACGCCGUACACCGUACCCCUUAACAUGAAUAACCAACAGACCAGAGACGAGGUGGAGAAAGGGUAUCGCAUGCCGGCCCCAAAUAACUGUCCGGACGAAAUCUACGCCCUCAUGUGUCAGUGCUGGCAGUACGACCCACGAAACCGACCCUCGUUUCGCAAACUAAAGGCGGAUCUGUAUGCUUUAUGUCAGUAAAAUCACGUGUGCAGCUCGUCUUAUGAUGAGGCCAAAGCAAAGAUUUAUUUUUUUAAUUUGUGUGCCACAUAAAAGAACAUUAUAAUUAAGAAUAUUCGAUUUUAUAGAAAUGUUUUGAAUGCUGUGCAGUGUGGUCCAAAUGUUUUUUUUUAUUUGUGACAUCCUGAUGUUUAAAUAAUAAAUAAAUUAUUUUUUGGACUUGACGUGCAUGAUAGCAUAACAUGUACAUUUACCCUUUACAGUAUAAAGAAAUUGUAAAUAAAUCUAUUAAUAAUUAUUAAUAAUAGCAACCUCUUGUUUAGUGAUCAUUUAAAUUGAUUAGUCUAAAUGUCAGAAACGUACUGUAAAUAAAUGUAGUAAUCAUUAGCGAUAAUAAUAUUUAAAAUGACCAAAAAUUCAUUUAUAAAAUUAAAAAUUACAAAAAAGAUCACAAGCAUCACAUGACGUUGAAGACUGGAGUGAUGAGCUUUACAUCACUGAAAUAAAUUACAUUUGAAAACAUUUUAAAAUAAAAAAAAUGUAAAAUGUG